AUGCCAUUUCCACCACAAGAAAAUCAGCCAUCGCUGUCAAAUACAACUCUAGAUAGGAUUGAAUUCUCAAAAAAACCACUUGAAUCAGCCGCUCAAAAGUGCCGACAGCCAUCGUCUUUCUCUCUUCCCGCUGUAUCUCACGACGUCUUGAAGAGAGCGAAUCUUCUGAUCAUGAAUGGAAAAAGGCUAAAAGAUACAAGUUGCUUGCUGAACAUGGGAGAUGCCAAUCAGAGCUGUAGAAAUAGCCACGUACCAUUAUCCUCCAAACAGGAAAAGGAUUACACUUCACUCGUUAACCAGCUAGAUGAUGUAGUAAAUAACAUGAAGCAGUUUCACGACUUUUGGAUAUUUGACAAGGUUUGUCUCACAUUGGCAGUGGCUGCAUCGGCCUAUAUCUCUUUUUUCUCACCGUUAUGUAGUCCACAAGCUAUCGUGGCGAUCGCAAUCUACUCAUUUCUGGUUAUGACGUUCUACACGACGUUCAAGUUCGCAAAAUGGAUUAAUAAUAGUUUCCAUUUUUGGAUGCUUCUCAAAGAAACACAGCUAUUGAUAACUGGCGAUGAAUGCAUACUGGACAACUCACGGAUGAAAGAGUUAAGGGAACAAGUUUUGGCGAUCACAAAACGAUAUAAAGCACUGAAUUUCUCGAGAUUGUAUAAUGGAUGGGCAUACUACUGUUUAUUGAACUUAGCCGCUUUAUACCUGAAGAAAUACAAAAGAACAGGGCAGAGCAGUGAACAGUAUGAUCUUAAUAUGGUGGUGUCUGCAUCAUUCGUCGUUUUCUUACUGGGUCUUGUCGUUCAAUCAACUUAUCUUUUCACACUAAUAUGGCUAGCCAUAAAACAGGAUAAGUACUCACAAAGAUAUGGUUCCACGGAGCUGCAACAAGUUUGA